AAUUAUAGAGCAUAUAUAAUAUAUUACUGUUCGUUUGUUCGGUUUGUGUGUUUUUUUUGUCAUUUCAACUAAAAACUCUUCGGCGGCAAAUUUGAAUUUUUUCACAAUGAGAUGAGUCUGAAAAGAAGGCUUGUCAAGCGAAACGCGAUUUUUGUGAAACGUGAGAUUUUAAAAUUUUAAAAUCAUACGUAGCAUCAUUCCAAUGAACUUUUAAAACCAGACACAAUUCGAAAGAAAAAAUGAAUGAAAGCUUAAUAUGCUCUGAUUUUGAUUCAAGCUACCUAGCUUCUCCGGACUUCGUUGCCUUGUCUUGCCACAUCAUAACUGCUAUUGAAAUUCCACUGUCAACUUUUGGUAUGUAUUGCAUUUUAUACAAAACUCCUGUCAAGAUGAAACCUGUACAGUUUCUGAUUCUCAACAUGCACUUUUGGAAUACUCUAUCUGAUAUGUUUCUAUGUUGCAUUGGUAUUCCAUAUUUGUAUCUACCUUCAAUUUCCGGGUACGAUUUAGGAUUAUUUCGAUCACCGGCUGUAACUUUUUAUAUCGGAGUAACUCUUGUCUUAGCGAUGAUUGCCGCGAUUCUCUCAAUUUACGAGAAUCGAUAUCACAAACUUUUUGGGCAUAAAACCACAUGGAAGGCUGUCAGAAAACCUUACCUUAUUUUUGUGUACAUCUCAGUACCAUUCAUAUUUCUACCGCCUUUCCUAAUUAUUCCCGAGCAAGAAAAUGCUCGGAGUUUCAUUUUGGAUAAACUUCCGUGUUUGCCACAUUUUUCACUUAAUGAUGAAGAAUUUUUUGUGCUGAGCAUCAAUCCAACUGUGCCGUUGCUUUGUAUUGCAUUCGCUAUUUUAUUUCUAGCAGUUCCAAUUUUAACAUUCUUCUCAUUUACACUUUAUCAUUUGUUAACCAGAAAAAAGUUAAUGACUCUUUCUGCAAACACAUUAUCAAUCCAUGAAAAAUUCCUCAAGUCAGUAAGCAUUCAGUCACUAUCCACAGCUAUCAUCGUCCUGAUACCGCUUUUAACCUUUAUUACAGUUAUGAUUUUUUGGUAUCACAACCAAAAACUGAACAAUUUGGGAUACUUGGUCCUGUCACUACAUGGCAGUGUGUCUACGAUUGUUAUGAUAAUGGUACACAAACCAUAUAGAGAUUUCACAUUUUCAAUAUAUACGAAACGCCAAAGCAUUUCGCCUCAAAUAGUUACAGAAAAGAGUAAUCAACAUCAGAAUUCUUUUCACGUUGUCCUUUGAAUAAAUGUUUUGUAAACGGCCA